UGAGGGUGGCCUGCUCUAAGAGAUCUGCGGCAGAAGGCGGCGCGAUGCGGACGCACGGCGGCCCGGAGCGCUACCGGCUGGUGGUGGUGGUAGGUGUGCUGCUGGUGGUGAUGACGGCCGCCAUCGUGGGCGUCACCGUCUGGGUGGUGACGCAGCAGACGGCCGGCGACGCAGCGCCGCGCCGGCCCUCCGAGACCGUGGUCAACUACGUCGGCUGGGAGGAGGCGCCGCCGCCCGAGAGCGACUCCCACAUCAUCUCCGGCGACCAGCGGCAACAGGUGAGCGCGUCCACCGCCGAGCCGACCACCACCCGGAGCGGCCUGGACAGCGCGCAGAUCCAGGCCAGCCUGGCACAGCUGGGGCCCAACCGGCAGCUGCAGCUGGACCAGCUCCAGCCGGGAGACUACUCCCAGAACGUGGCCGACGUGAUGAAGCAGCUCCAGCAGCAGCAGGACCAGCUGGGACAGCAGACGACGCAGCGGCAGCAGCAGCCGAUUCGCCAGGGCGGCACCAUUCAGGGGUACGGCGUGCUGGAGACGUACCAGCACGACCUGCCGCCGGCGUGGCCGUCCGGUCCCGGCGCCAACCCCGACCGCAUGGGCCAGUCCUUCGAGGGCGUGGCGCAGCCGUACGACCCCGCCUUUUCGGCGCCGGGCAGCGGCGGGGCUUGGAGCGGUCCCGGGCGGCAGCAGCUGGGUCACGAGGGCCAGCACCAGGAGGGGAUGUACCGCCCGGGGGACCGCCCGGGAGACCGGUACGGGGAGCGGCCCGCAGACCCGGCGAACGCAGGCCGCGGCGGCCAGCCGAUGGGGCUGCGGCCGUUCCGCGGCGACUCGGAUCGGGCGGCGUUCGCGCGCCGCGGCGAGCAGGAGCGGCCGCGCCGUCCGCCGUUCCGCAGUCGCGACGCGGCCAACCGCACCUACGCGGCCGACGACCCGGCGACCAACGCCGGCCUGGACCUGGCCGUGUCCGGCUGGUCGGCCUUCUCGUUCGGCAUGUUUCUGCUCAAGAAGCUGGUGCAGAUCAUGGGCUACGGCCGGCAGUCGCGCAUGGUGCCCGACGAGUCGAGCAUGUUCCUGCGCGCGCUCGACGUCGCCGGGAAGAUCGUCGGUUUCGACGCGACGGAGGAGCUGUCGGUGCUGGGCGAGGGUCUCUCCGAGGCCCGGUCGUUUCCGGAGACGGGUCCCGAGGACACCGCCGAGCCGGAGAUGUCGCGCGUGGACCUCGUCAACGGCCUGUUCCGCGUCGGUCUGAACAUGGUGAACCUGUUUACGGCCGAGGGCGAGCUGAACAUCUCCGAGUGUCUGUGGGGCGCCUACUGCGAGGACCUUCAGCGGCGCAGCGCCGACGGUACCGUCGACGGCAUCGUCGCCAAAGUGAACAGCAUCGGCCUGAAGCUGAUCCGCGGCGACGUGCGCGACUACAUCGGCGUCGGGCAAAUGAUGGACAUGGUGCGCGACUUUGAGGGCAGUCAGUGCCAGAAGCUGUUCCCGGCGUGCCACGGACCGCAGGCGGUACGGUUCGUCGGGGACCUGUUCGGCGGCGCGUGAGCGGCCGCUGCCGAGACGCUGAGUACGGGAGGGUGUGACUUGGUGCCCAUCAGCUCCACUCACGGGAUUGUGAGCACAUUGUGAUUCGUGAAUGCGUAGGUAUUUGAUGUUUCAGUUACAAGGCAGAUUUGUGAAUAAGCGGUAUGGGCAUGCCAACGGUUUGGCUACGUAGUCAGGUUUGUUGGUGAUGGCGGUUAAUUCUAAUGAUGAUGUUAGGAAGCAGGAUAAUCCAUACUAGGCCAGUUGCACUAAUGCUUGAAAGGCGUAUGUUCGUUCCGUUUUGUUUUUGUUUUGUUGUAGUGAACACCAUACCGCAUCGUGAUCAUUACCGUGUUGCACCGCAUGUAUUCCACAUCUCAAGGAGCUGGCUUUCAUCGGGUACCGAUUCUGUGCCGUGCAAUCACCACACUCGUACGUUCGCGUCUCGCCGCGGUCACCGG